AUGGCAAACAUGACAGCAAUAAUCAAAAGAUUGAAUAUCCCAUGGAUUCGUUGCCUUCUAAUUCUGCUACUAGCAUCGGCACUGCUUACCAACGCCCACGUCAUUUUGUACAAUGGAAGAAUCUACACGGUCGAUACUGACCAUCCCGAAGCCACGGCGUUAGCGUUUGACGAACAAGGCGUGAUUACCGGCGUGGGUUCGUACCAGUCUCUGCUGGAACAAUUCCCCGACUACGAGACGCUUGAUCUGCAAGGACAACUGGUGCUACCCGGUUUUAUUGACCCACAUCAACAUCCGGUGGAAUUUGGCAUCAAUUCGCAAAUCUGUUACGUCAGCAACACGGCUCCAUUGGCGGAGAUUCCACUGUGGCUGCAAGAUUGUCCCAAUAGUGGAGCAUUUGGAGAUCAGGGAUGGAUCGUGGGAGCGGGAGUCGACUUGGCCAACCUCGUGGCAGAGCUCGAACAACAAGACGCGUGGUAUACGCCCCUACAAGUACUCGAUGACAGUUUUCCGGAUACACCCGUCGUCAUUCUGGACCAACUGGGACAUGGAGCAUUGGCCAAUAGUGCCGCCAUGAAUGCCGUGGGAUAUCAGGCAGGGACGGAUCUUCCGGAAGAGGGUGGACACGUGUUGAAAGACAUCAAUGGCAAUCGUUUGGGAAUUGUGCUCGAGAAUGCCCAACAAAAACUACGAGACGCGUUCUUUCCUCCCACCAAGACCAAUCAGGAGACUGCCUACCAGAGUCUAUUGCAAGCGCAAACAACACUCAAUCGAAAUGGGAUUACCACGGUUUCGGAUGCCGGAGGAUUCUGGAGACAAGCUCAAACCGAAUCAUGGGCCCGAGCCGAACGAGAAGGACUCUUGACGGUGCGGGCCAGCAAUGCACUCUACAUUUAUCCCGAUGAAGUCUUGGAAACACAACUGCCCAAGCUGGAACGCCGAUUCUCCAACGACAAGACCAAACUCGUGCGAUUCAAUCAGGCCAAGAUUUACGUCGAUGGCAUUCUAUCCUUGGGUACGGGAAAGGUUUACGAUCCGUACUUGUACGAUCCCUUUGCUCCAUACAAGACGGCAACAAUACAAGAAGAAUGGCGUGGCAUGGAAUACUUUGGCAAUAGCAGCAAUCUCAACCGCGUCGCACAAUCACUCGUCGACAAGGGGUUUCAAUUGCACGUUCACGUCACGGGAGAUGAUGCGGCCAAUUUGGCCAUUACGGCCAUUGAACAGUUGACCACCAACAGUACGGGACCUCAUCGUCUCACCCAUUGCUACCUCGUCGAUGCUGCCGAUCGUCCGCGGUUGGCACGCGCUGGAAUUGUGGCGGACUUUCAAAUGGCACCCAGUUCCGUCACUCGCGCCUAUCAAGAUGAUUUGGCCGAACUGGUGGGAACCAAUCUGGCCGCCACAUUGCUUCCCAUCCAGCAAGUUUAUGAUGAGGGUGCCAUGGUAACGUUGAGCAGUGAUUGGGAUGCCGAUGCACUGUCGCCACUGGUCAAACUGCAAACCGUCAUGAAACGGGGCGACUUUCAAAAGUUGGAAACUAUCAUUCCCAUGAUGACCUUGAAUGCGGCCAAACUACUCCAUCAAGACAGCACCACUGGUUCCAUUACAGUGGGCAAAUAUGCCGAUCUGGUGGUGAUUGAUCAGGAUAUCUUUGAUCUUCCGUAUGAUCAGAUUGCCACUGCCAAAGUGACGCGCACGUACCUGCAAGGAGAAGUGGUAUUUGGCGAUUCUAUAGCAUCAAGCAAGAGGAGCGGAAACAAAGUAAGCAAUGCGUAUGCAUCGACAAGGGGUCAUGGGCGAACAAAUCCCAAACACGACGACCCUCAAUGGCCUGGAUCCAAGCACUUGGAUGCCUUUGGUCUGACGAUAAACAUUCUCCACGAUGCUGUCCCACACGAGACUUCGUGGGAACUGGCUCGCCGUGACGGCGACACGUGGACGACUGUUCGACUCUAUCUUGGGAGCGAGGAAGGACAAGAGUCUUCCAUGGUUUCCACCAGCCUGACAAACCUUGUUGGGGGAGCUUGGUAUCGCUUGACGGUCAGCGAUGAAGGCAGCAAUGGUAUCUGUUGCGACCGUGGGAAAGGAUGGAUCAGUGUCACCGGUGUCGUGCUCGCCACCACAAUGCCGGGGCUUGUAUGGGGCAACAAUGGCGAGUUUGGAAGCUCCAUUGAGGUCUACAUUGAGAUUGAUUCGUCGGGAUAUGUCGAUAUGAUUUCAUUGGAUGCUUCUACGGCAGAGACAGCAUAG